UUAUUACUAACAUUGUGAACUGAUUUGCAUGCUGUAUGAAUACAUACGGGAUAUUGCAGCAUGAGCGUGUCUGGUCGGUUGCGGCUACUCGAAGAGAUUGAAAAGGAUGUCGUCAAGAUGGUUAAAGCAGCUGGUCAGUGCUUGCAAGAACUGAGCAAGGAACCAACGUCACCGUUGGUGACCGAGCAUACGACGACGUUUCUCGCAACUUUACAGAGUGUUGAUCAGAGACUUUCCGAACAACUCAACUAUCUGUCACAAGUUACAACUAGCCAAUGGCAUGGCGACUCUACCUACUUAGCAGAAAGAGAGUUUUGGUUGACCUGCCAGAGAACGGAACUUGUGCAACAAGAGCUGAGAAAGUUGUCCGACCUUAUUAGGAAAGGUGAACUAGAAAGGAAUGAGAAUUGUGAGACAAUUGACCCAUCAGAAAACAUACAGCCAAUGGACACAACGGAUUCUCUAACAGUUUGAGUAGUUUGAAGGUACAAGGCUGUUAAGUUAAUUUGCCUCUAUGAGGUGCGCUGCAAUAAUUAACUCAUUUAUUAACUGUGCACAGCUAAUAAAUCCCUACAGGGUUUGAUUGUCUAAAACAGUAUCUGUUGUAUU